AUGCACGACUAUGGCGCGGACCUGAAACUACACCACCGCAUCCUCGUGCCGAGCUUGGGUCCUGUCGCGGCACCGCGCUACCAGACAUUGAUGGAGCUCGAGUCGAAUCAGCUCCUCUUCGACCUCAUGUCCGCCAUCGACAGCACUGCGGACGGUGACGGUGUCGCCGACAUCUCGGCGGUGGACGCCGUUGACCCUUACGAUAUGGUGGUCGUGGGGUUCAUGACGGAGCCCAAGAGAUUCCGAUUCAGGUUGAAGCCCAGGGGGCCUUGGGUAGAGAAAGUCUUCACCAAGGCGUGGGCGGGCGCACAUAGAGACUUGGGCAAGGUCCUGGGGAUCACGAAGGACGUGGAGAUUUAA